AUUAAGGACAAGUUACUCGAGCCUUCAUUGGUGAUGUCUUUCUUCCAUCAACUUCGACUUCUUCUCUGGAAGAAUGGACUGGGCAUCGUCAGAAGACCAGUCUGGUCUGUUACUCUGAUUUUGUGGCCUAUCAUCAUCUUCAUUAUCAUUGCUGUCACUCGCUACCAGUUUCCACCAGUUCUGAGGAAAACAUGUUAUGUGGCUCCUCGAAACCUGCCCAGCACCGGGUUCUUCCCUUUCCUGGAAACCCUAAUGUGCAACAGCGACAGCAGCUGCCACAACACAUCACAAUUGGCUUACUUAAAACAACCUCAAAGGAAUAAAAGAUCAACUCAAUCAGAGGACACUCCAUUGACCAAACUUCUGAAAGGCCAAAGAUUAAUGCAAUUUGCCAAUUUAAAAAACACAACUCAGGAUCCAACAUUGUUGUUAAACUCAUUGUACAACAUCUUUGGUUCCUCUUCACAACGGCCACUAGACCAUGUCAGUGAAACCAUUACAAAAGAUCAGCCAAUGGUGAACCUGACAGAAUCAGCCGCCAAGCUGAAAUCUGUCAUCUGUACGAUUGCUCUUCCUCUCGUCAACACAACAUCACCGGAUCACACUGCUAAGGCUCUCAUCGCCUUCUGUAGCUCCAAUAACACUGUAUUUGAAGUGGCCAUUAACACACUCAACAAAGUAUUGGUUGAACUAAUGACAUCCCAACCAAAAGAGCUCGCCAAGUUUGUGGAGAAAGCUGUGAUGUUUUUUGACCAGCUGCAAAAGGAGCAUUUACUGUGGGAAAGUUUACUCUCUCUUCCACAAAUAUUCAACCCUGAAUCACCUGACCAACUGCUCAGCAACUUGGAGAAACUUUUCAAAAGUUUACAACUGGUUUUAAAUAUCACAGAACAUAAUUUCCCAGAAGUCGAAGCCAACUUGUCGUCAGUUCAUCCAUUCCUUGUUGCAGGCAUCAGUAUGACUCGCUACAUGCAAAACUGGCCUGGAAAAACUGUUUAUAUCCGUUUUGGAGAUGUGGUGGUUAACAAUGAGACACUCUGGCAGAUGUUGGCCAACGUAGAGUUAUCACUAGAUCUGGCAAUCGGUUUGGCUUUUCACAGAGAAGUAGUUAGUGACUUGGUGUGCAAAAACACUUCAAAUCCGAUGUUGAUAGCUGCGUGUGCAACUGGGACUCUGGACAAGUUUCUGGACUGGGUCGACCCUAAAAAGUUGGAUCAACAGAUUCUUUUGACAUGGAGUAAGGAUGUGUUUCCACAUGAUUUCGCUUAUGUCAAAGGGCUGCUCCACAGUCUGGGGGUAGAUUUUGGACAUUCUGAGAUACCAAGGGCAACUCGCAGCAUUGAAGAACAACCACAAAACAUUGAGGAGGAACUGUUUUUGGCGGUUGGUAAAGUUGUGAUGGAAAUUCUACAGCUUUCUCCUGAGGCCAACACCAUUCUCCAACACAUUCUCCGAGCUGGGUAUCAGUCAAUGAGAGCAGGCACACAAGCUAUAGAGACUGUUGAAGAGAUGAUGGAAAAGCUUGUGAAAGAUGUGACAACAUUCAAGAUGAUUAUUCAAACACUGUCAACCAACCAGUCUCAAACCACUCUCUGGACGGACCAAGCCUUCAGCAGUGUCUUUGAAAUCAUAGUGAAGAUCUUUGCAGGUGAGCCUUUAACAUGUGAGAGCAUUCUUGAAGAAUUUGAGUGGGUUUUCUCCAUUAAGACUGUAAAACCUGAGGUGUGGCAAUCAUUGUUCUGUGGAAACGCAUCCACCAUUGAACAGACUCUACUGUCUGACUGGAUGGCUUUGAAAGAAAAUGCCCUGGCCCUUUACAAUGUUUUUCUUUGCGACACAAGUUACAACGUCACACUUUCCAUGAUCCUCUCUGAGUGGCACAAGCUAUACAAUGAAAGUCUAAAAUUUGGAACAUUUUUGGAGCAACUCUCAGAGGAAUGGGAUGGAGCUUACUGGAAGGACUGGGUGCCAACAAACAGCAGUGCUAAUCACCUGACUACAUCUUUACAACAAAGUGUGUCAUUUUUCAUUGUGAACCUGGGAUGGAAAUUUGAACAAAGUGAUCUGUGGCCUCAGGCAAAGAGCUACUUUUUCAUAGCAAAUUGGAUUUUGAACUACAAAGCAGGAGUCACAACCCUACCCAACUGUUCAAUGAAUAUGGAAACAUUUAGCAUUGAAUGUGAAGGUAAUUUCUCAUGGCAGCAGUUUGUCAAUGCACUUUCACAAGCACUUAUGUCACCAACUGAAGAGCUCAUCAUCAGUUAUCUCAAAGGAAGUGUACAACUGCUACAGCAUGUCUACAGUGGUUUCUAUGAAUAUCAAGCGGCCUCAUACUUGCAUAAAGCCAUCAAAGGAGGAGACAUGCUUUCUGCUUUCCUGAGUAAUAUGUUAAAGGAAUUGAAUAAUUUUGUAUUUACACUCACAAAACUCCCUGACAAAAGCUUCACCAACACUCAAGUCAUGGUCCCUCUGUAUCAAAAGUUACUGGAGUCCACAGGACUAAAACCAUUACUGCCUCUCAUCUUAAGCAACGGCCCAGUCAAUACCUCACAAGUGCUUGGAGUUGUAUCCCAGCUGGGCAGAUCCAACCAGGGAAUUUUCAAGUUUAAUGAAUCUGACCCUACGAUAGCCGAACUUGAGAAAUAUAUUAUGCAAUUUCUCUCUUUGGAGGGCAAUCUCUCCAUGUCCGUGUACCUUGACAUGAGUCACACUCUGCUAACCUACUUCAACCACUUCAGUCCAGAUUAUGUAGCCAAGGUCAAGGAAGCCCUAAAACCAUUCACAAAUAAGACAUCAUCGGGCAUUGUUGAGGCAAUACUGAGUGCUGUUGAGCUGCUGCAGACAAUAAUGGAUUCUCCAAGCGGUGACCCAAGUCAUGUUGUCUUAGGGUAUGUCCGCCAGCUUCAACAAUUUUUAGUGUUCCUGUUUCGUAUGGAAAUGAUAGAGCAGAUCAAGUUACCCAAUGGUCAAGUCAGUGCAAUCCAAGUCACCCAACUGCAUCUUCUAUCAGACAUUUUCAAUCUUCUGACUCCAGAGGGAAUCAUGAGCCUCACUCAUGUGGGACCAGUGGCUGCACAGCACAUAAUUAUACAGAAAUACAUUCAAUCUCUACCAGUCAAAAUCCGCUCACAAGCUGCAGAGUUCCUGAAUGAAUUUGUCUCUUUGCAAAGUCAGCUUUCUCAAUGUGAAUCAGAUGAAGACUGUUUGGAUGGGAUCUCUGAAAUGUUAGACUUUUUGGACCAGAUUUUAGACAUGACACUCAAUGCCAAUGGUAACGCAAGUAUUAACAUCGCGGAAACCAAAAUGCACAUGGGAAGCAAAGAACACAUGUCAGUAGCUUCAGCUUUCUUUUCACUUCUUCUGAAACCAAAUGAGGUGGCCUAUUUGAGAACUGCCCAAGAGACCCUUAAAUUUAUCUCAAUACUAUUAAAUCAUCAAAACAUUACAGUCAGAGAUGUCCAGGAAGCUUUGAAGCAGACAAAUCUCACCAUUGAAGAACUAAAUAAGUUUGCGAUGCUGUUGGGAACUAAAAAUGUUAAUGACCUGAUACAAAAACUUAACAAACUUCUCAAUGUUCAGAAAUGUUUUGAACAAGAAACAUCUCCAGAGUUAAUUGCUCAUUGUGCUGUUGAGAUGGUAAAGUCCAUCAGUGGUUUCCUUAUGCAUCUCCCUGCUCUUAAAAAUGAGACAUCCAUUCUGUCAAUGAUCCCAGUAAUUGUCAACAAAACUGUAACGGAGAUAAUAAAUACCAAUUUCACCAGCAACCCACAAAAAGCUGUCACAGGGGCAUUGAACACAAUUCUCGCUAAUGUCAAGAUGACUCUCCAACAAAACAACUUAAGCAGCCCUGAGAUCCUAAAUGAGCUUAAAGUCUUGGAAAGCCUUGUAAAAUUAGCCGCAAACCCUGAACCUCUCAAGUAUCUCAACAUCCCAAUGAAUGAGUUUAAUGCAGGAAGUGCCGAGCUUAAAAUUAUCCUCUGGUAUUUGAAAAGACUUGAAAAUGUGACCAGCAGCAGCUCAGUCUCCCAUCUCUUCUACCCUGUCUUCCGUGUGACACAAAUGCAGGUAGCUUUGGCACUGGCUCAGAUGGAUUUGAAUCAGUUUAUUGGUCAACAGAUUUCAAACCUUACCAAGAGCCUCCAGUAUCCAGUAGAUGCAGAUGGAGCCAGUAAAAUUGGCAACACAACAAUAGAGAUCUUAGAACAUGUGAUCAAAUUUGUAGUGGCUAACUUAGAAGCUCAAAACAUCCCAGCCUCUAUUUUUGGCUAUGCCCCUCCAGUCAACAUGACGUGUGUUAAUAUCACUGUGCUACAAAUUAACAGCUACGUAAAACUGCUAAAGCAAUGGAUGGCUCAGGCUAACUUUGGUGCAUGGGGAGAUCUAAAUAAUACUUCUAUAAUUGUGAAUGACAUCCACCACCUACUCCAAUCCACUCUUCACUUUUUCAAUGUUGACCAGCAAAACUACAUGAAUCUAAUCAGCAAUAUCACCCAGACUCUGAACAAGGUUAUCAUGUUGGCAGAGCAGCCAAAUGGAUUACAGAGCGACCAAUUCUUAGCGGCCAUAUUGAAAGUAGUGAAAAGUGUAAUGCAACUGAUCCAACAAACUGGCUCUGUUCCUGUUAGCGUUCAGCAAAAUGUUCUGGAGGUGGUUAAAAACACUGUGUGGUUGGCUGUUCAUCCCAAUGCAAGCUACGCACUGGCACUCAAUAAAACUCUUGACACAAUACAAAAACUGGAAAUCAUUUUUAAGCAAAUCAUGCCGCCAGAAGUUGCCCAGUAUCUGCUUGGUGCAUUAAAAAUCAUCGGUACAUAUUUUCAGUCCGUUGGAACCGUGUACGGACCGGAUGGCUGGAAUCAACUAAUUUUAAAUGAGAUGGAAACUCUUAAAAGCCUCCUACCACCCAACAGUACAGCGGAGUUCUAUGUUUCUACCAUUAUCAGUGUCACCAAAUCCAUCCUCCAUUCUGCUCUAGGCAACACUACACAAAGCCUCAUGCCCAAAGGUUCAUCAGAAGAAAGAAUACCUUACAUAUUUGCUGAGCUUGUAAAAGUUUUGAAUGCAUUUUGUCCGCUCAUCAUGGGAGACUCCUGUGUACCACUAAAUACAUCAUCGGUACAGAGCUUUGCUGAUCUGCCAAAGGUCCUGGAAGAGUUGAUGACAAAUCGAGCAAACGAUGAAACCUGGAUGAAGCUUCAAAAAUUGGUUGAAGUCUUGAUGACAUUCUUCACAGAGCCAGAAAUGUUAAACAACCUUACAUGCUUAGUUGAAAUGGCUGAAAAGUUGAGCCAAGAAGAUGUCAAAAAUAUGAAAGCAGAGACUGAAUUGAUUUUAAGCCUUCAAAAACCACUUAUGACACUGGUGUCAGAAAUUACCCACUCUUUAAAUGGGAGUCGUUUCAAUAUGUCUGAGAUGAUCGAAAGAUUGGAGCAAGCCAUUGAGCAGACAAUCAUUGCAACGGAAAAGACUAAUGGCACCUUGAACUGUCAGGAAGCUCUGAAAUUAUGGGAACCAGUAAGAGAAGCCGCAGGAUUAAGCCCAUCCUCCAUGGGUAUGUGGUGCAACGUCAGCCUGCAGCCUGUCAUAGAUGGCUAUGUCAAUGAAAUAGCCCAAGCCCAACAAAACUGGACUUGCACAGAAAUGGGACCAAUGAGUAUAGACGCUGCAGCUGCCAGGAUUGUGAAGUCUGUCCGAGCUAUAUACGAGACUGAUGUUACACAAUCACAUGUGACUGAACAGUUCAUCGAAGCCUUCUACAGUCAGCUUUCUACUCUGGUCAGCCGGCCUCUGAGUGACCAGGCAAAACUCAAUCUGCACAAGCAGCUCCAAGCCCUGCAGACUCAAAGCAGUUUGCAAUCCAUUAAACUCAUCUCAGAGGAACUACAAGACAAAUUCCCCUUCCUCAAACCAUACAUGGGUGCCUUAGAGAAAAUGCUUAUACACAUCUUGACAAAGUAUCCCGAAAUGGAAGAGUCGCCAGAGGAUUGUUUCAGAGAUGCGUCAGUGAUCUUACUGCGUGCAUUAAAUGUCUCGUCAACCGAUAUCCACCAAAUGAUGAUGGGAAAUUUCAGUGACAAAGCAUGGGUUGAUCUUGUGCUAAAAUCCAUUCAAAUAGUGAUUGACAUGAACGUUUUCGGGGACAAUCCGAUGUUAUACCACACACUGGGUCAACUUCUGACUUCCAGCAACACAAGAAUGAUCAUGGACAAAGUUGCUGAGAUGGUUUCUUGGUUUGCAUCCACUGACGCAAAAGGACUUGAUUUACUAGUCCAGGCUUUGACAAAAAUACAGGAACUCCUCAGCCCACUUUUGUCAUUCCUAAAAGAUAUGGAUGUUGACCUGCCACCAAACCUGCAAGUUCUAGAUGAUUUAACCGGCAAUGCAAUUUCAUUUAUUCGACAGCUGUUAACUGGUAGAGGUAUUUCUAUGGCUGACCACUACAUGUUGACGGACUACUCUAUGUCAAACCACAAUGCCACAAGAGCUCGCCACAGACGGGAAGCCACAUUCAUGCCAGUGAGGGGUCAAAUGGACGAUUUCAUCGACCUCUUCAGCAUCAACUAUCACUCCAUGUGGCAAGGCCUGAUGGUGCCACCCACUACCUCCGAAAUAGUAGAGACAGUCCAUGUGUUGUUUGCCAAUCCAGAUCUCGGGAUUAUUUUGAAAGGAGCGACAGAGGACUUGGUGUGGAGCCUGGAGAGCUCAAAGGAGGAGACUAUUGAUGGAGUACUUGGGGUGGCUUCCUUGUUCUCAGUCCCAGGAAUUGAUUUUUCAUCUUUGGAUCUCUGGGUGCAUGCUGUCAAAUUGCUCCCAGAUGGCUUCCCAUAUGUAUCACUGCUGAAAAAGGUCACCCGUGCCAUUGCCACAGAAAGCCCAGAGAAUCUCAGACUCAUGCAGGAGACAUUACAAACAAUGACUAGGCUGCUCCAGACCGACCCCACAGACCCACAGCUCCUCCAGCAACUCAAGCACCUGCAGCAACAGGUGUGUGAUUUGGAGAAAACCAAUCCUCUUCAAAUUUUGGAGCGGGGCUUGUCCCUGGAGCCCGGAGAGUUCUGUAAUGGGAUAGUGCCAGGACUACAGAUCUUAGCUGAAGGUUUACUGUUCAAUACUUCCACUCUGGUUGACAACAUCUUUGAGGUAUUUGUGGGAGACCCAAGACUAUACAACCUCCACACAAACUGGACAUCUCUAAUCACUGAGGGUUUGGGACUGAAUAUCAGCAGUCUAAGUGGCCUCAACAUGACAAGCCCUGCCCCAGUUGUGACAAUCGGAGAGAUGGUGCGGAAUAAAGCAGCAUUUAUGUUGGACCUGCAGAAGUUGGGAUUUGCUUCAGAAGUUGUCAACCUGUUGACAGAGACCACUUUGCCCGACAACAAUGUGCAGAUUUUGUCAUGGUUGAUCAGUUUGCACCGCUGUAACUCCACAAACCCUUAUAACAUGACAGAGAGUAAAAAGGCCCUGUUUGAGAGUUUCUGCUCACUGACUGCAGACCAGUGGUACAGCUUCACUCUUCUGAUGGCCCAGCAUCUCAACACAGAGAAGUUCCUCUACAGAAUGGUAUUGCCAGAGGAGAUCCAGAGCCUGGUGCAGACCAUGCUUCAAAUGGCCACCACCGUAAUAAACAUGAUGAAAGGGAUGCUGCCGGCCGUUCGUCAGCUUGAAGAGUACUUGAUAUCUAUUGAGAGUCUCAGCCUCGCAGCCAACAAUGAGUUUCGCCAGUUAUCACGAGCCCAGAGGACAACCCUCUCAAGCAAGGCCACGUUUGUCACCAUUUCUCGAGCCCUGUGUAGUAAAGGGAUUUUGGCUCUGUUUGGAGUGGCCAAUAAUCCCCAGUUCUCUAUGUCCCCUCCUACUUUUGACAACAGUGGUCUAAAGCAAGAGAUGAUUGAGAGGUUCAAAAUUCCUCAGGAUGCAACUCCAUUUUGCACCGGCCUGUACCUGGAUAUGGUCAACACCACUGGAGGAGCCAUCGCAUGGGCCUUCCUUAAACCAAUGCUAAUGGGAAAAAUCCUCUAUACCCCAGACACACCACAAACCCGAGCUAUUAUGACAAAGGCCAACAGCACCUUGCAGCAGCUCGCAGAUCUGAGACAUUACUCUCAAGACUGGAUUAAAUCCUCUAACUACAUUGUGAAGUCCUCAGAAAUGCUCACCCAGACAUUGCCAUUGCUGCAGAAUUCCCUCGGCAAUUCCUUUGUGAAGAAUUUCAUUGAAAUGCAGACAGGCAUUAACGUUGUCUCAAUGCAGGAAACACUCAACAACUUCUCAAAUAUGACCGUGAUGCUUGAGAAAAACACAGAUCUGUUGCGUCAAAUCACCACGCUGUCCACUCUGAUGGUCGACCUCUCCUCCUGUAUCACAUUUGACCGUUACCAAGGUUACGACACAGAAGAGGAACUCAACACAGAGGCCCAGGAUCUCGCCAAAGACAGAAAUCUUUAUGCAAGUGUCAUUUUCAAGCUGCCUAAAGACUCCAGAAAGCGGCGAUCGGCCUCCAACACGACCACGCUGCCUCCCAAAGUGCGUUACACCAUCCGCAUGCACAUGGACAACGUAAUGAGAACAGACCGUGUGCGAGAGCCCUUCUUCACUAAGGACACGCACAUCUCGGCUGGGCAGACACUGCGCUACAACCGGGGCUUUAUUUACCUCCAGGAGAGCAUUGACAGAGCGAUUAUCGAGAUCCAGGCCAACAAGACAGUCACAGACACGGCUGUGCAGAUUCAACCAUUCCCCUAUCCCUGCCAUCACCGAGAUGAGUACCUAGAGGCCAUCUCCUUUGUCUUCCCACUGCUGCUGAUGAUCGCUUGGGUGCUGUUUGUGGCUGAUUUUGUGAAGAAACUGGUUCACGAGAGAGAAAUGAAGCUACAUGAGUACAUGAAGAUGAUGGGCGUGAACCCUCUCAGUCACUUCUUUGCUUGGUUCCUUGAGUCUGCCUUCUACCUGGUCAUCACCAUCUUCUUCCUAACCUUGGUGUUGAAGUACGGGAAUAUCCUACCUCACAGCAACGGCUUCCUGCUCUUUCUCUACCUGUGCGACUACGGCCUGAGCAUCUUGGCCUUCAGUUUCCUCAUCAGCACCUUAUUUGACAAAACCUACAUCGCGGCUCUGAGUGGCAGCCUCCUCUAUGUGCUCGCCUUCUUCCCCUUUAUUAUCGUCUUGGCGAUGGAGGCACAUUUCAACUUCUCAGUGAAAAGCCUUCUGGGUUUGUUUUCCCCGACCGCCUUCAGCUAUGCCAGUCAAUAUGUCUCCCGGUAUGAGGCCCAAGGAGAAGGGAUUCAGUGGAGCAACUCGUACACCUCACCCAUUGCUGGAGACAUGGCUUCGUUUGGCUGGCUCUGCUGGCUCAUGCUCAUCGACACCUUUCUGUAUUUAAUUAUUGGGGCUUACAUCCGCUGUGUUUUCCCAGGAAAGUCCGGCAUGCCAUCUCCCUGGUACUUCCCUUUCACUGCAUCAUUUUGGACUGAUUUAUGUGGUUGCAAGAAAUCAAAAAGUAAAGGCCGCGGGCUAUUUAUUACCAACAUUAUGCAGACACAACUGCCUGCAUUCCCUGACAGUGACGAAAAAGGAAAUGGCAAAGGUGAUCUCUCCUCAAAGACAGGUGAAAACUUCUCAGACCUGCCUGUGGGCGUGGCUCUGUAUGGUCUCACUAAAAUGUAUGGGCAACAAGCAGCCAUUAAAAACCUUAAUGUUGCUUUUUACGAGGGCCACGUCACUUCGCUGCUUGGACACAAUGGAGCUGGCAAAACCACCACCAUGUCAAUCCUUACUGGUCUGUUCCCUCCAUCGUCUGGCACUGUAGAGGUCUAUGGCAGAGACAUGCAGACCAACCUGGAGGACGUGCGCAAAGAGCUGGGUGUGUGUAUGCAGUACGAUGUCCUGUUUGAUCACAUGACCGCCAAAGAGCACCUGCUGCUAUAUGGGCAGAUCAAAGCCCCACACUGGACCAAGAGGGAGCUCAAAGAACAAAUCCGCACGAUCCUGGAGGAAACAGGCAUGUACGCUCACAGGCACAAGCGAGUAGGAACCCUGUCGGGCGGCAUGAAGCGCAAGCUGUCAAUCUCCAUCGCCUUCAUAGGGGGGUCUCGCCUGGUGGUGCUGGAUGAACCCACCACAGGAGUCGAUCCCUGCUCCAGGCGCAGCAUCUGGGACAUUGUUAUCCAGCAUAAGAAAGGUCGCACUAUCAUCAUGUCCACACACCAUCUGGAUGAGGCUGAGGUGCUGAGUGACCGCAUUGCCUUCUUGGAAGGAGGGGGACUCAAAUGCUGUGGCUCACCAUUCUAUUUGAAAGACCAGCUAGGCCAAGGUUACAAACUAACUCUCACCAAGAAGACACACAAUGGAGAAACCAAACAGAUUGACCAUGCAGAACUGAAGGCGUUUGUCCAAGCCCAUGUACCUGAAGCCCGGCUGAAAGAGGCCCAAGGCAGUGACCUGGUGUACCUACUGCCCCCGUUCAGCUCCAACAAUGCUGCCUCGUAUCGCUCCCUGCUCUCCGCCCUCGACUCUAACCUGGAUGCCCUGCAGCUCGGGUGCUAUGGCAUCUCCGACACCACCUUGGAGGAGGUGUUUCUCCAUUUGACACAUGACGCUGCAGGUGAUGGUGAUCUCCCGACAAUAUCUGAAAACGUGUCCGAUACUGACUCCAUAAACAGCUAUCCAGCCUCGGAGGAAAGCAACUAUGGUGACACUGUCUGUUUCACUGGGACCCAAACUGUGACUGGUGUGAAGCUGGCCUGGCAGCAAUUGACGGCAAUCCUAAUCAAGCGGUUCCACCACAGCCGCAGAGACUGGAAGGGUCUAAUCUCUCAGCUCCUACUCCCUGUCCUGUUUGUGGUGUUUGCCAUGGGAAUGGGCACCAUCAAGAGCGACCUCAAGCACUAUCCUGAACUGGAACUCAGCCCUGCACUCUACAACAUUGGACCAAGCUACUCAUUCUUCAGUAGCCGGAACUCGAGUAAACUGGCAGACACCAUGCUAUCCUUCCCUGGUCUUGAUAACGCCUGUCUUGAAAACUCCAAUGACCAGGUGUGCACAAGAAGUACAGGAUCUUGGAUUGAGGCAAAUGGCACUCAAAAGUUCAGCCUCUGUAAAUGUGUCCAUGAGAAGGAGGUUUGUGGAGCGGGAGGCUACGUCCCACCUCAUAAGAAAAUCCCCUCGUCUCAGAUCGUUUACAACCUGACCGGCCUCAGAGUGGAGAACUACCUGGUGGCCACUGCAGACGACUACAUCAGGAAUAGGUAUGGUGGCUAUGAUUUUGGAUUGCCGCUUCCAUCAAACCUACAAAUGGAUGUGAAAACUGUGCCCAAGAAUCGCACUCUAUCUAAGGUCUGGUUCAAUCCCGAGGGCCACCACACCAUGCCAGCAUACUUAAGUAGCAUGAACAACUUUAUACUACGCGCCAAUAUUCCUGCAGACAAGGAUCCAACCCAAUAUGCCAUUUCAGUUUCCAGUCAUCCCUACUUUGGGCGACGAGAUGAUGAAGAUUCAAUUGUCCAAGGCAUGCUUCAGAUCAUGGUAGCUCUGUGCAUCCUGGCAGGGUACUCCAUCACCACUGCCAGCUUCGCCAUCUACGAGGUCAAUGAACAUCACAGUGGUUCCAAGAGGCUGCAGCACAUCGCUGGAGUCAGUGAGCCAUUCUACUGGGCUGUCAACUUCUUCUAUGACAUGGUCAUCUAUUUGAUCCCUGUGGCUCUGACAGUUGGAGUGAUUGCAGCGUUCCAAGUACCAGCUUUUACCGAACGUCAGAAUUUGGCAGCAGUUACUAUGCUUCUGGUUCUUUUCGGGUUUUCUACCUUUCCGUGGAUGUAUCUCUUGUCCAGCGUGUUCAAAGAUGCAGAGAUGGCCUUCAUCACCUAUGUUUGCAUCAAUCUCUUCCUCACCGUCAACACCAUCAUACCGACUUCCAUCCUCUACUUCAUGGGGCAGAUUACACAGCAAAAUAUUGAGAGCCUAAAAGUCAUCUUUGACAGGCUGAGCGAUGCCUUCCUAAUCUUCCCUCAGUUCAACUUCGGUAAUGGGCUUUUGGAGUUAGCGCGAAUGAACAUCCAAGUGCAGCUGCUGAGUGGUUAUGGUAUUGAUGCGUAUAAGGACCCCUUCUCCACCGAGGCCUUGGGCUGGAUGAUGAUCUCCUCCUUCAUUCAGGGAGUUGUCUUCUUCACGCUGCGACUAUUGUUGAACAAGUACAUCCUACGCAAAAUCAGAGGUCUGAUUCUAAGAAGAAAGCCAGUGCCUCUUGUGCCUUGUGUAGAGGAGGAUGAGGAUGUGGCUGCUGAGCACCUGCGGGUGUCCAGUGGAGCAGCGAGCUCAGAUGUGCUGCAAGUGAACCAACUAACAAAGGUCUAUCAACACCUCAACAAGAAGGUCCCUGCUGUGAAGAAGCUGUCCCUGGGCGUUCCUGCUGGAGAAUGCUUUGGUCUACUGGGAGUGAAUGGAGCAGGAAAAACAACCACCUUUAAGAUGUUGACAGGAGAUGUCAGCCCCACGGAUGGCACAGCACAGAUCAGAGACAGAGAUGGACGCCUGGUGGAUAUAAUGGAGUGCCGUAACCAGGGAGUGAACAUUGGAUAUUGUCCUCAAGUGGACUCCCUGGACGAUCUGCUGACGGGAGAGGAGCACUUGUACUUUUACUCUCGCCUCCAUGGCAUUUCAAAGAGAGACAUACCCGGGUUGGUGAACUAUUUACUGAGGAGGCUGGAGCUGGACCACUAUCGAGACACCAUCAGCGACAAUUACAGCUGUGGAACCAGGAGGAAGCUGUCCACUGCACUGGCUCUAGUCGGACACCCACAAAUUUUGCUUCUGGAUGAACCCAGCUCUGGGAUGGACCCGAGAACCAAACGCCACCUGUGGAAGAUCAUCGCAGACGAAGUCAAAGGCAAAUGUGCCGUGGUCCUCACUUCACACAGCAUGGAGGAGUGUGAGGCUCUGUGCGGUCGUCUUGCUAUCAUGGUAAAGGGUCAGUUCCGAUGCCUGGGCUCCCUGCAGCACAUUAAGAACAGGUUCGGCAGCGGGUUCACAGUAAAGAUGUACUUGGCCAAAGCCUCUUGUGAUGCAGAAGCAAUCACUCAGUUCAUGCAGAGCCGAUUCCCCAGCACUUAUCUCAAGGAGCGACACUCAGCUAUGGUGGAGUACCAUGUGCCGGUUGCACCAGGUGGAGUGGCAGACAUCUUUGGUCAGCUCGAGUCCAGCAAAGAAUACCUGGAGAUCCAACACUUCUCUGUGAGCCAGACAACACUGGAUGAGGUCUUUAUCAACUUUGCCAUGGGGAAAAUUGGGAUGGAAUCUGGACAGAUUGAUGAUGAGUUUGAUGACGACAGUUCCAUGAAGGAUGUUGAAACUUAAGAGUCCAGUCUUCCCUUUGUACCCAAUGUAAACUGUGCAUCCUGUGUUAAAUGUUCCUGUGAUUAUGAAUAAUACAUGUAUCUAUAUCUACUAAUAAUCCAAAUGAUCUGAAAUGUAAUAGUACUAUUUGAUUUUAUGAAGGAUACAUUAACUUACAAGUGAAUUGGGGGUGAUACAAUUUUCUUUUGCAAUGUGAUUAUGGAUAUAUAUGAUAAAUUAUUUUAGUAUGUCAAAAUAUAAUGAACAUACAUUUCUAGGUUAUCCAGAAAUCUGCACCUUACUUC